CUCCGGCGGGCUUUCCCUCCCUGCCUUCGACGCCGCGGGUUUCGACGACGGAGAAGGAGAAGGAGCAGGUGCCAAACCCUUUGGAGCGUGGCGAUGGUGUGCUAGCGGUGGGAGCGAGCGCCCAGCGUCCACGAUGCCGGUGCAGGCGGCACAGUGGACGGAGUUCCUCUCCUGCCCGAUCUGCUACAACGAGUUCGACGAGAACGUGCACAAGCCAAUCAGCUUAGGCUGCUCCCACACCGUCUGCAAGACCUGCCUGAAUAAGCUGCACCGCAAGGCCUGCCCGUUCGACCAGACAGCCAUCAACACCGACAUCGACGUGCUUCCUGUCAACUUUGCACUCCUCCAGUUAGUUGGAGCUCAGGUCCCCGAUCACCAGACCAUCAAACUCAGUCAUUUAGGAGAGAACAAGCACUAUGAGGUGGCAAAGAAGUGUGUCGAGGAUCUGGCGCUUUAUUUAAAGCCGCUGAGCGGAGGCAAAGGUGUUGCCAGUUUGAACCAGAGCGCCCUGAGCCGGCCCAUGCAAAGGAAGCUGGUCACCCUGGUGAACUGCCAGCUGGUCGAGGAAGAGGGCCGGGUCCGGGCCAUGCGGGCGGCCCGCUCUCUCGGGGAACGGACCGUGACCGAGCUGAUCCUGCAGCACCAGAACCCCCAGCAGCUCUCGGCCAACCUUUGGGCCGCCGUCCGGGCGCGAGGCUGCCAAUUUCUCGGACCAGCGAUGCAGGAAGAAGCCCUGAAGCUGGUGCUCCUGGCCUUGGAGGACGGCUCGGCCCUCUCCCGGAAAGUUCUGGUGCUUUUUGUGGUCCAGAGACUGGAGCCGAGGUUCCCGCAGGCCUCCAAAACCAGCAUUGGCCAUGUGGUGCAGCUGCUCUAUCGCGCAUCGUGCUUCAAGGUCACCAAAAGGGACGAGGAUUCCUCCCUGAUGCAGCUCAAGGAGGAGUUCCGCAGCUACGAGGCCUUGCGGAGGGAGCACGACGCGCAGAUCGUCCACAUUGCCAUGGAAGCCGGGCUCCGGAUCUCGCCAGAGCAGUGGUCCUCCCUCCUCUACGGAGACCUGGCCCACAAGUCCCACAUGCAGUCCAUCAUCGACAAGCUUCAGUCCCCAGAAUCCUUUGCCAAAAGCGUGCAGGAACUGACCAUCGUUCUGCAGCGGACAGGCGACCCUGCAAAUCUGAACAGGCUCCGUCCCUAUUUGGAGCUUUUGGCCAACAUCGACCCCAAUCCCGACGCUGCGUCUCCAACGUGGGAACAGCUGGAAAACGCCAUGGUGGCUGUGAAGACGGUGGUCCAUGGGUUAGUGGACUUCAUCCAGAACUACAGCCGGAAAGGCCACGAAACCCCCCAGCCCCAACCGAACAGCAAAUACAAAACAAGCAUGUGCCGCGACCUGCGACAGCAAGGCGGGUGCCCGCGGGGGACCAACUGCACUUUUGCUCACUCGCAGGAGGAGCUGGAGAAGUAUCGGCUUCGGAACAAGAAGAUCACCGCCACCGUCCGGACCUUCCCUCUGCUGGGCAAAGCAACUGUCACCAGCCCCAUCUCCACAGCGGCGGGGAACGUCCUUUCCAUUAUGGGGAGCCCUGAAGCAGCUGGGAAGCUGGCGCCCAGCACCAACGGUAUUGGGGGCCUGGAAGGGGGCGGCCUGCCCCAGCUGGUGCCCCGGUGUGCCGAGGCCGCCUCUGCCUUGAGGACUCUGGAGAGCGCCAAGAAGGCCGGGAAGGCCGGCACCAACGGGCAGAACGCCUCCAUUUCCCCUUCGGACCCCCUGCCGGAAAGUAAAAUCGGUUCUCCGCCCAAGACGCCCGUCAGCCAAGCAGCAGCUACCUCAGGAGGGCCUCCUCCUCCGCCUCCUCCGCUUCCGCCCCUUGGGACAGAGAUGAGCCCCGUCGUCCCCAAGCCCGGCCUCUUUGCCGCCCGGGUGCCCCUCUACCCGCCCCACUCGGACGGCCUGCCCUACUUCCAAGACCCCCGCGCCCACCUCCCCUACGAGGCCUCGCAGUUCCCGCAGGCAGGAUACUACCCGCCUCUGCCGACGGUCCCGGCUUGCCUCCCUCGGUUCGUGAGGUCCGGCAACAUCCCAGAGCCGCCCCUCCCGCCCGCCUCCGUGCCCUACGGCGACCAUUACGGCGCGUUCCCCCCUCGGGACAGGCUGAGCGCGCCUUACCAGCAGCCCCCGCCACAGCCGUACGGAGCCGUGCCCCCCGUCCCCUCCGGGAUGUACGCCCCGGUCUACGACAGCCGGCGCAUCUGGCGGCCGCAGGUCUACCCCCGGGACGACCUCCUCCGGAGCAGCACCUUACCUCCCGUGGACGUCGUCCACCCCUCCGUCUACCAGACCUUCCUGCGGGAGAGAUGCAACUCGCUGGACGGCUACUACUCCGUGGCUUGCCCGCUGCCGGCGGAGCAGAGGACGGUGCCUUCGUCGCGGGAGCCUUGUGGCCAUGUGAAGCCAGCGUACGACGACCCACUCAAGAGGAAGCCGGAGCAGUGGACCCCGUGCCACGCGCAGAAAACGCCUCUCGUGCCGACGCCCUCCGCCCUCCCCACGGCUACGCAGUCCCCGCCACCUCCACCUUCCCCUCUUUUCGGUGUGGACUUCGGCUCUGAGUUCUGCGAGGGCUCUGGGGAUGCGAGUAGCGCCAAGUACGAAGAGGAGCGGCUCUCCCACUACUCGCCCUGGUCCUGCGGCACCAUCAGCUCCUGCAUCAACGCCAUCGAAUCGGAGCCCAAGGACGUCAUCGCCAACUCGGGCACGGUGCUCUUGGACCUUGACAGCGGCGACAUGAAGCGUCGGGUGCACCUCUUUGAGGCCCAGAGGCGGGCGAAGGAGGAGGACCCCAUCAUCCCUUUCGGCGACGGGCCCAUCAUCUCCAAGUGGGGGGCCAUCUCCCGCUCCUCGCGCACGGGGUUCCACACCACCGACCCCGUCCAAGCCACUGCUUCCCAAGGAAGUGCCACCAAGCCCAUCAGCAUGUCAGAUUAUAUCCCUUACGUCAGCACCGUCGAUUCGAGGUGGAGUUCCUACACGUCGGAUUCCUCUCCGUCGGCAUCUUUUCUAGAACGGGACCGGUUCAUUGUUACAGACGUCUCUGCCCCAAGGAAGCCUUCGAAUGCGGGAGAGCUCAGCCUCGAGCUGCAGCAGGCCAAAAGCAACUCCUUGCUGCUUCAGAGAGAAGCCAACGCCUUGGCCACGCAGCAGAAGUGGAGCUCCUUGAACGAAGGCACCCACCUCACCCUCAACCUUCUGAGCAAGGACAUCGACCUGCGGAAUGGAGAGGUGGACUAUCCCGAGGAUGGUGCGGACACAAAGCCGGACCGAGACAUUGAACUGGAACUUUCAGCCCUGGACGCCGAUGAACCCGACGGCCAGGGAGAGCAGAUUGAAGAGAUUCUCGGCCUGCAGCUGGGGAUCGGCAACCGAGAAGGCCCUCUGUUCAACGGCUCUGCUCUGGAGAACGGCCACGCGCUGGAGCAGACGGAGGCCCGGCCGCCAGCGCAGCCCAGCUUAGGUGAAAAUCUUGCUGCUCUGGAGAAGCGGACAAUAGCCUUGCCGGCAGCGACGUCCUGUUUCGUCCAUCCUGCAGCCUCUUCCUCCUCUUCGUCCUCCUCGGUGGGCGGCACGAACACCGGCGUGGGGGGCCUGCUGCUUCUCAAGACGGCCCACGCCCCGGAAGAAGGGGGCAGAGACUUUUUAAGGCCAGUUGCAAAUGGCAAGAUGGUGAACAGCUGAGAAGUGUUCUGCUUCCAGAAGGAAGGAAGCAGUUGCACUUGCUUUUUAAAAUACACACAUAUAUGUAUAUAUCUAUAUCUGAGAUAUAGAUAUAUAUGAUAUAUACCUAUUACAUAAUGUAUAUUUUUGGAAGAAAAUAGCAUUUGGGAUC